AUGUUAAAUGAAACAAUAAAUUCGUUUAUCCGUCAUCUCCUAUAUAUACUCACUCUCUAUCUCAUACAUCAUCAGCUUAUAUAUAUAACACUCUCUCACAUCCAUAAAAUUCAAAUCAAAACGACUUCUUCAUCACCACCACACAUCAUGGCCAUUGCACGGUGGCUCAACCGCACCGUGGGCUUCUUCGUCUUCUUUCUCCUCGACAUUAUCGAUUUUUUGCUUUGUUUUACUUACAAGACUUUAGAUUUCUUCUUCGAAUCCGAGUGGAAACCGUGUUAUUGCUCUACUCCACUAGAGGCUCAAGGCAAGACGGGGAAGAUCAUAGUGUCCGAGCGAGGAGAGUACUCAAAGGUUGUGUCUAUGACAAGAACAAAGAUACAUUUCGAUGAGAUCUCGGACACACUUUACUCACGUGGUCCUUCGCUUCUAAUGAGGCUCUCGAAGCUCGUGAGGUCCGUGAAGUGCUUUAAUUAUAAGGGUUUGAUCAUGAGACGCAAUGUGGUGGAAUCUUGUGAUCAUAAUGAUCAUCAGUCUAAGAAGAAGCUUUGUGGUCGUAAUAAAAAGAGAUUAAUGACUUUGAAUUCUACUGUCGUUGAGAAAUCUCCGACAACACCAAGAUGGUCGGAUUGUCAUUGCAGUUUCUGUACUUCUUGGCUUCCUUCUUCUACCAAAGAUUCUCUCUUUGUCAAUGUACAGCAACCCAAAGAUAACAAGAAGGCACGAGACAACGUUGUGUUCAUACAUGGUUUCUUAUCAUCAUCCUCCUUUUGGACAGAGACUCUCUUCCCAAACUUUUCUGAUUCAACCAAAUCUAACUAUAGGCUCAUCGCAGUCGAUCUUUUGGGUUACGGAAGAAGUCCAAAGCCAAACGACUCGUUGUAUACAUUAAGAGAACAUUUAGAGAUGAUUGAGAAAUCGGUGAUCUCUCACUAUAAACUCAAAAAGUUCCACAUAGUGGCUCACUCUUUAGGCUGCGUUUUAGCUCUUGCACUCGCCGUUAAACACCCUGGAGCUAUCAAGUCCCUCACUCUCUUGGCUCCUCCGUAUUACAAGGUGCCAAAGGGAGUACACGCGGCGCAAUAUGUGAUGAGGAAAGUGGCUCCUAAGAACGUUUGGCCACCGAUGCAGUUUGGUGCAUCGCUAAUUAGCUGGUACGAACACAUUGGCCGCACUGUUUGCCUUGUACUCUGCAAAAACCAUCGCUUGCUUGAAUCUCUCACUCGUCUCCUUACCCUAAACAGGAUGAAGACGUAUUUGAUAGAAGGGUUUUUAUGUCACACACACAACGGAUCAUGGCACACAUUACACAACAUCAUCUUCGGGUCAGGAGGUAAGCUCGAGUCGUAUCUAGACCAUGUCCGUGACCACGUCGACUGUGACGUCACCAUAUUCCACGGUGGCAAGGACGAGGUCAUUCCUGUGGAGUGUAGCUACGGCGUCAAGACCAAAGUGCCACGUGCCACUGUCCACGUCAUUCCUGACAAAGACCACAUCACUAUUGUCGUCGGCCGACAAAAAGACUUUGCUCGAGAGCUUGAGCUCAUUUGGCAAAAAUCCACAAAAACUUGUUAAGUAAAUAUAUAUGAUGAAACAGGAAACUUUUUGUUCUUCUUAUAAAGUAUAUAAUACUAUUCAACAAGAUAUAGAUACGUUUUCGUUUUCAUAUUUACUUAAGAUUUUGUUCUAUUUUUCUCUGUUGGACGUAAAAUGCCAAGAGUACUCUAAUUUUAUAUUUUUCUUUU